AUGGCUCCAUCAUCGCCGGUGGUUGUUCACCAGUCACCGUGGCACUCACCGGUGCCAUACCUCUUUUGUGGGCUUGCUGUGAUGCUCAGUCUCAUUUCUUUUUCUCUUAUGAUCCUCGCUUGCUCCUAUGCUAAACACGCCAGAGACGAGGAGAACACCGGAGAUGGAGAAAGAGACCUUGAGGCCGGAGAUGAUAAACCAAACAACGACAAGGAAUUAUCCUCUGUUUUUGAAGAGAAGUAUCUGGUAAUCAUGGCGGGAGAAGCAAAACCAACGUUUCUGGCGACACCCAUCUCGAGCAAACCCUUAAUGUUUUGUAGAUGUAGUCGCCGGAGCUACUCGACGGAAAAUUCCUCGACGUCGGAAGUGGUAAUGACGGAGGAGAAUCAAGAAGAAAAACAGGGGAGGAGUAGUGAUCAGGUACAAGUUAGGAACACGGGGAAUCAGGACACCACAGAUCAUAUCCCUUGA